AUGCCACUGAUUGCGACGAUGUAACUUCAGUGUGCACUACCGAAGCCUACCAUGAGCACUCCGCAGGCACUCGUUCUUCUCGUCCUCGUGGCGACGGCAACGUUAGCUACCGAGACGAAGAAGCCGUUAAAGAAGGAGGCCAUCGAUAGCAAGGACGCGAAGAGUAAGAGAGGAUUGGAAUUGAGUUUGGGUCAUGGCUUCGGCGACUUUGGCGGGCACGAAGGACUUGGCGGCGGAUUGGGAGGAGGUCACGGAGGAGGCUUCGGAGGAGGUGGAUUUGGCGGUGGCGGUGGAUUGGGAGGUGGCGGUGGACUGGGAGGUGGCGAUGGGGGACGCAUCAGUUCGAUAACGAUCCAUCGAGAGGUUCAAGUACCAGUACCUGCGCCAUAUCCGGUCGAGAAGAAUGUACCGGUUCCGGUGGCGGUGCCAGUGAAGGUCCCGGUCGAUCGUCCUUACCCUGUGCACGUGCCUAAACCUUACCCAGUGCCCGUGGAAAAGCAUAUUCCGGUGCCAGUCGAAAAACCGGUACCAGUGCCGUACAAGGUUCCCGUAAAGGUACCCGUCAAAGUACCAUACCCGGUGAGCGUACCUGUAAAGGUACCUUUCCCUGUACAAAAGGAAGUACCUUACCCGGUUAAGGUACCCGUUGUCGUCAAAGAAUCUUAUCCAGUCCUCGUCCAUGGAGGAGGUGAUGGUGGUGGCUUCGGUGGUGGCUACGGUGGCGGCCAUGGCUACGGAGGAGGAGGAGGUGGCUUUGGAGGUCACGGCUUGGAGAUUUCCGAUUUCGGUGGAUUGCAUCAUCGACGAUGAUAUUCUUGACCAUGACCGUCGAGACCAGUCUACGCCAGACUCCAACGAUUAUCAUCUUGUAUAUAAUUCUAGUUCUCCCUUCUUUCAUCUCGUUUUAUACACCAACAGAUGCGCUAUUCCUCUCUUUCUCUCUCUCUCUCUCUCUUUCUUUAUUUUUUUAUACGCGGAAGUCUUUAGAUUAAUUGCGAAAUAAAAUAAAUUAUUUUAUACAGA